UUGAAAUCGAAUAAAAAGAUGUUUGAACAAUUUUUCGGAGGCAUUAUUUCCUACGAGUUAAAAUUAUAACAAUUGAUCAGGGUAUACAAACAAGAUGUCGAUUGAUUUGAGUAUAUACGUGAUGAUGGCAAUUAUCUGCAUGGACAGUUUAGUAUGCAGUGAUAAUUAUUCCCCGCCUAAUAUGCUAUGCCCAAGUGGUUAUUGGCCAGCUAAUGUGAAUAUAUCUGGUGGUCCGUAUAGAACUGAUCGAACAUUUGAACUGCCGUAUCUUCAAGAUGCUGAUGAACCAAUAUGUCAAUUUUGUCCUAAUGUUGGCUGUUUCAUAGUACGUCUAUCAACAGAUGUGAAAGAAACGCGAUCAACACAAUCAACGUCUAGCACUGUGACUACGUCUACUAGUACUACUUCGAGUACGAGUACGACUAUGACUACUACUCCAACUGCUUCGGCUACUUCCUCAGUGACUGAUACAUCAGGCACAACAAUAACAGGAACUUCAACAGAACUACUACUCACCACUAUGAAUAAUGCAACAGAAAUCAACAAUUUAAAUGAAACUCAAGAACCAGUAAAUUCAACAUUAAUUAAUAAUGAUGAUUCAACUACUCGCGAUGCAUUAUACAUGUCAUGUGAUCAUUGGGAUCAACUCCCAUCACCAUCAGAUAUUGUCAGUUAUCUAGACUGUGUUAUGAUUGGUCAUAGAAAGCAGUUCUAUUUAUUUAUUUAUGAACCAAGAUUUGGAAUAAAACCUCUACCAGCAGUGGAUUGUGUAGACGCUGACUUUUUAGCCUGGAUUCCAAAUGGAACUGAACUGUUGGGAUUGGAGCUAGGCUUUCGAAUGAAAAAAAUACCACCAUUUCUAUUCCGUUAUCAUCAGCGAAUUAUGCAGUCAACACAAUAUAUCUGUAUUGAUGGAUCCAGUUUAACAAAUAAUUCUUUUCAAUUUGAAGAUACUGAACGAUUUGCCAGUAAUAAAUUAACACAAGUUGUAUUUCGUACUUCAACAUCAUUACGGAGAGAACGUCUUCCACCGAAAGCACUGGACAGUCAUCAUACAACAGAAUUUCAAAGUGAUGAAGAAAUUCAAGCAUGUCCAUUCAUUGUUCAACAUAAACCGGCUAAUAUUACUCCGAAUACAGAUUGUCAAUUUUCACCUGGUGGUCUUCCAACUACAUCCGAUAAAGUUAGUUCACAUCAAGCUUUAGAACGAUGUCCAUUCCGUCGAUUGACACGAAAUAAACCACAACAAAGACGACGUAAAAGUCACACUGGUCUAGGUGAUGAAAUCAGUUUACCACCAUCAGUCCUCUCCGCUUGUCUAUUAAUUGUUGUCCUCUUGUUGACUGUCGGUAUAAUCAUCGCUUUCUGUGUUAUCAAUCAUGAAAAGUUGGUGUUGUGUAGAUCGCGUAGCAGUAAACGACGUGAAAGGGAAGCAGCACUGGCUCAAGAAUUGGCUGAGAAGGCGGCUAAAGAAGCUGCAGCUGCUAGUGCAGCGGAAGCGGAACAACAACAGGCGGCUGCAGCUGCCGCUGCCGCUGCCAGACAUCCUAUCUAUGCAAGAUAUGGAAUGAUUCCACCUAAUAUGGGUGGUGCAUUCGGUGCUUUUGCACCAAGACCAAUGGAUUUAACAUCAUCAUCAACAUAUCAAACAGUCUCUGGUGGAAAUAUGAAUAUGGCCUCUGGGAAUAUGGGACGCGGAAAUCCUGGUUAUGGUGGACAUAAUAUGUAGAUGGCUGACUAAUCCAUGUGUACAGAAUAUAUGGAAGACAAACGGGAUAACAGAUAUCUUGAAAUAUCUAAACAUGACUAUUUAUGCCUUUCUUCUCAUGUUGUAUAGAAAUAUUAUUUACUAUAUCUACACUAAUUAUUAGUAACUAACAUUCAUCUGCAUUUGUUCUGUUUAUUGAUUUUGUAAACCUUGUUGCAAGACUUAUUAUGAAUAAAUGAUACUAUCGAAAACA